AAAUGCAGCACAUUAAAGACUCCUCUCUGCAGCUAUUGUCCCUGCCAGUAUUAGCUAGCUACAACACGGAUUACACAUAGCUUGGCUUGCCGCCCUUCUGGUCAGGGAAGAGACAUGGCUAUCGACCGACCAGGAGAAAACAAGAGACGAGAGCUGGAACCAGUCAUCAGCUGUACGGAAGCAGGGCUGUAAUAAGUAAAUAGCUUUCCUCUCUGGGGAGUGGGGUCUGAUCUCCAGUCACCACCUUGCUGGCAAGGUUAGAGCUCAGAGCACUCCCACCCCUCGGCCCAGAGCAUUCUGUAAGCGACACCAAUCUAAUUAAUUAAUGACUCCCCAGGGCUGGCUCUGCGACUGCUGGACUGGAAAGCAAGGCUGCACGGAGUGGAAAGGACUGUACGGGGUAGCUUCUGGCAGAUGCAGAGACUGCUGUUGGAAGCUAGCCGGCUAUCAAUCACCCUUCCUGCUUGGGCUCCAGUACAGAGAGCAAGCAAGAGACAGAGAGAGAGAGACAGACAGAGGAAAUAAGAUGGCGUGGGAUCAGCAUCCUCUCUGCUGGCAAAGAUGCUCGGCUCUCCUGCUGUCUUACUCCAGAGCCGCCAUGAGCCAGUUAAUAGAGGCCACCACUGAACCCCCCAAAAAGAAAUCGGACCCCGUCACUUCCGAGACCGUGGUUUUCUGGGGGCUACGCCUCUGGCAGGUGAUUGGAAUCUUUGCCAUCUUUGUCCUGGCAGUCAUUAUAACCCUGUGCUGUAUCUUCAAGUGCCGGAUUCCACGGACAAAGAAAGAGAUUGAGGCCCGGUAUGCACAACGGCAGGCAGCCAAGACCUAUGCAGACAAACUGGAGACCGUACCACCACUCAGCGAGCUGACGGAGAUCCCUGGAGCUCAUGUGGCAGAAGAGAAGAAAGAGGAGGUGUCCACCGUCUCAGGGAAAGUGGACCGGGCCCAAAUCAAGAAAGAGUGUUCCAAGGGAUCCAAGAAGAAAGAGGGCAGAAAGGAGCAGAAAGAAGGGUCCAAGAAAGAGGGGAAAGAAGAGACCAGAAAGAAGGAAGGAGGAAAGGGUGCAGGUGAAAAGAAGCAAAGAGGUGGAAGGAAAGGUGAGAAGGAGACAGACAGAGCUAAGGCAGGAGGCAGCACCAAGGUUGGCAGCAAAGCUGGGGGGAACGCCAAGUCCUCAGCAAGGAAACCCCAGCAAAAGAAGUGAUCAGACCAAUCGCGGAACUGCUGAUAUCCCCUCCCCCAAGCACGCGCAAUGCUGCAGACCUGAUGUGGAGAGUGCAGUCCUCAUGCCUUGGACCUGGGAACACGGAGGAGACAAAAGCCUCAGAUUCUGGAGGGACAUCUGGAGCUACUUGACUGAUUUCUUUAAAAGCAAAAUCGCCAUUGCUACAGAGGUGAUGUUUCCGCCAAAGGAGAACCUGCCUCGUUGGCUAGAAAGUUAUCGGUGAACAGAAUGGCCCGUACAGUGCUGAUUGUGUCCCAGCAUACAGCCUGGAGUGAGAAAUAGGAGCACAGAUGGACUCAUAGCAGCACAGAGCUGCCAAGAGCUAGAACAUCAGGAGCGAGUCCAUCUUGCAAUCAGAGGUGUGACUGCAGCAGGUCUAGACACACCCGAGCUAGCUUCGAUUUAGCUGGCUCGAGAACCAAUAGCAGUGAAACGGCAGCAGCAUGGGGCUGUACAGCCCUGCCUGGGACCCUGGGUAUGUACCCGAGUGGCAAGCCCAUGCUGCUGCCCAAGCUGCUGCGGCUUCACUCCUUUUGGUGCCCAAACUGGACAGAUCAAAGCGGCCUCGGGUACCCCUCUGACUGCAGCAUAGACAGUCCCUGGGAGAGUACUUGGCCCAUUCCAUCUGAGAUCAAGAUACUCGGCAAGCAGUUGCUAAGCCUCACACCAGCCUUCUGGGAUAUGUGGCAUUCCUUAGAGGGCAUGGGUGGCGGAUAUCACAGGUCAGGGGAGGCUCAGCCUCCCUGAACAGCCAGGUGUGGCCCCAGCCACGCUCUGCCCCUAAGCCCCCUUCUGCUUCCGGCUCUCCCCCCAUGACCCAGGCUGUGCCCAGGACUCAGGGCAGCUGGGGCCAGUGCUCGCGCCACCUGGGGCUGGGGGCCGUGCCACCCAGUCCUCCAGGCCUGGGGACGCUUGGGCAGCCCAGGGCUGGAGCA